AUGACGGACAUCCCUGCACUCAGCAGGCGGCUGUCCAGGUUUCUCGUUUCGGGCAGUGAUAGCCGCGACGACGUGCAGCAGUUGGCACGGCAAAGGGAAGACCGGGACGGUGCAAAAAUGCGACGGGGUAUGUUCAUCGAACCCACGAACGGACGGGAGGGGGACCUGCAGAGCCGCUUGGCGGUUUCUUUGAAAUGGACGUCUAUUCACGCGCCUCGUUGGGUGUUUUCGGGUGAACUGACGGCCGUAUGGUCGACCAACGACGAUCUGGGGCGCUGUGGGAGACGUGAUGGCGCCGUCUUCGGUUCCCACUCCAGCCCGUUCAGCUCGUAUCUUGCUAAGCAGACAGAGAGACAGAGGGAAAUGCCAUCCCAAGCCCAGCCCGAGUAA